GGCCUUGGCGGGGCUGGUCCGGAGCCGCCCCGUGCCCGAUUCUGCAGGGGGCGUCGCGAGCCGCCGUCGCUGCCGGGAGCCCUCCCGGGAGGCGGGGCCCGGUGCAGCACCCGGCCGGGGUCGAGGAAGUGACCGUCUGUAGGGGACUCGCCGUUCCGCCGGUGAUGUGAGGGAAGCGAAGUGGCGCCCUCCUCGCGAGUCCCGGACCAUGGCGGCUCCAGGAGCCCCUGGAGGAUAUGAUGUGCUGAUUGUGUAUGCAAGUGACGCCACUGAAUGGUGUCAGUACCUCCAGAACCUCUUCCUCUUUACUCGGCACAUUCGAAAGCAUCGGAUUCAAAGCUACCAGCUGGAAGGCAAAUUUGCCAUCUCGCAGCAGGAGCUGGACCUCUUCAGUAGAAGUCGGAGCAUCAUCCUUUUGCUAUCUGCUGAGCUGGUGCGGAGUUUUUAUCUCCCUCCCAUUCUGCAGAGCCUUCAGGAAGCCUUAUGCCCCCCACACAAAGUAGUCAAGCUGUUCUGUGGUGUUACAGACUGUGAUGACUAUUUGAACUUUUUCAAGGACUGGUCACAGUGGCAAGAACUCACAAAUGAUGAUGAACCUGAUGCUUACCUUGCAGCUGUCAAGAAGGCUAUUUCAGAAGACUCAGGCUGUGAUUCUGUGACUGAUACAGAAACAGAAGACGAGAAGAACCUAAUUGACUCCUACAGACUUGCCAUGAGUGACGAACAUGGAUCAUCCAAGAGUACUGGGGACCAUCUGGUGGUGCAGCCUGAUCGCAUACGGUGUGGGGUGCAGACAACAGUUUAUAUUAUCAUGAAAUGUAAACUAGAUGGCGAAGUGAAAACUGAAGUUGAAUUCUCGCCAGAGAAUGCAUCAUCUGUGCGUGUGUUGGCUGAGAUGGAGAAUGAAUACACAAUCUCUGUGGAGGCUCCAAAUUUAACUCCUGGGACAGUGCCUCUGCAGAUAUAUUCAGGGGACUUGAUGGUGGGAGAAACAAGUGUCACUUAUCAUACCGACAUGGAGGAAAUCAGCUGUCUGUUGGCUAAUGCAGCCAACCCAGUACAGUUCAUGUGCCAGGCCUUUAAAAUUGUGCCAUACAGUGUAGAAGCACUGGACAAACUAUUGACUGAGUCACUCAAGAAGAACAUUCCUGCCAGUGGCUUACAUCUGUUUGGAAUCAACCAGCUGGAGGAAGAAGAUAUGACAACAAAUCAGAGGGAUGAGGAGUUGCCAACACUGCUUCACUUUUCUGCAAAAUAUGGACUGAAGAACCUCACUGCCUUGCUGCUCACUUGCCCUGGAGCUCUGCAGGCCUAUAGUGUAGCCAACAAAUAUGGCCACUAUCCAAACACCAUAGCAGAAAAGCAUGGCUUUAAGGACCUUCGCCAAUUCAUUGAUGAAUAUGUGGAAACUGCAGAUAUGCUGAAGAGUCACAUUAAGGAAGAGCUGAUGCAGGGCGAGGAAGAUGAGUCUGUUUAUGAGUCCAUGGCUUAUCUGUCCACUGAUCUGUUAAUGAAGUGUUCCUUGAAUCCUGGCUCUGAUGAAGAGCUUUAUGAAUCCAUGGCUGGUUUUGUCCCUGCUACCCCAGAAGAUCUUUAUGUAGAGAUGCUUCAGUCCAAACCAGACACUCCAGUUGGUGGAGAUGAAGUUUCUCUAACUAUGAAAGACUCAAUGCUCCGCAAGUUUUUAGAAGGCAGUAGGAUGGAUGUGCCAGAUUCAGAGGAAGGAGCUUACCAGCAGUAUGGUGAAGAUGUGUACUACUCAGUGGAACAAGAUACUUUUCCGCAGGAAAUGGCUAGCAGACCUCCAGUUCCUGUUCCAAGACCAGAGACCAGCUCUCCACAGCCAGACAAUGAACUGUACAUCUCCAAAAUUUUUGCACAGAAAGCAAAAAGACCUGAGAAUCUCUAUGUCCCUAGAGGAAGAGUUAAGAAAGAAACAAUAGUCAGGCCUGUAAGGGACCCAUCUCAAUCAAGCAUAUAUGAUCCAUUUGCUGGAAUGAAAACCCCAGGUCAACGGCAGCUGAUAACAUUACAAGAGCAAGUGAAAAUGGGCAUACUCACUGUUGAUGAAGCUGUACUUCAUUUUAAGGAGUGGCAGCUGAACCAGAAAAAAAGAUCAGAAUCAUUCCGAUUCCAGCAGGAAAACCUGAAACGGCUACGAGACAGCAUAACCAGGAGGCAAAUGGAGAAGCAAAAAAAAGAUAAAGCUGCAGGUUUGGAAAUUACAGUACCCAUUCGACAUUCUCAUAACACUUUGGGGAAACCAGCAUGUGGAAUAUAUGAAUACACACCCAGGAAAAAUGUUUUCCCACCAAAAAAUGAGUUAAAGCGAGGAGACUGGAAAACAGAAAGCACAUCUAGCACAACAAGUACUGCAAGUAACCGCUCCAGCACUCGGAGCAUAUUGAGUGUCAGCAGUGGGAUGGAAGGGGACAGUGAGGACAAUGAAGUUGCAGAAACAACUAGAAGCCGCAGCCCAGUUACUCACCAAACAGAGAGGCUGCCCUUCCCAGAAAGGCCUCCCAGAGUGCCUCCUCGAGGCGCAAGCAGGCCUGUAAGCAGUGAAGGCUUUUAUCCUCCACCUGUGCCCCCAAGAGGUCGCUGAGUCUCUCAACAUCUGUGGAAUAUGAGAUUUUGCUGGUUUUAUAUGUGCUUGUACAAAUAUUUUUGGGUUGCCUUUAAAUUAUUUAUAACUGGAAACCAAAUGUGUUCUUCCUCGUCCUCCCCUUUAAAGCUCUGAUGACUUUUCGCAUGAUUUUCACUGAGACUUCUAGGUCUUCUGUAACAUUUUUUUUUAAUUUAAAUAAUUUUGGUGCUUUGGGACUUCAAGAAAAAGCAUCAUGGUUGGGAAGGAGAACACUCACGUGUGUCUUGGCAGCCCUUCACCAACACAAACUUUCCUUUUGACCAAGAAAGAACACGUGUCCUCUUAGAAACUAAAGCCUGACAAGCAUUGCUACCAAAGCCCUUGAAACAUGCUUGAAAAAGUAAAGAAAAUUAGUUGUUCAGAGACUUUGUUUGAAGAACACUCAUUACAGGAGGAACAGCUGAAUGUACUUCUGUUUGGUAUAAUAUUUUGAGUACGAACAUACUGACCUUUCAGAAGAUGUGGAAUCUCCCUCCAGCAAUCAUUAAACCAUGGGAGGUUGAGAAGUUGUCUUUAUUCAAGAUUGUAUGCAAAAUACAUUAAAAAACUCCCACCUUUCACUUUCUCCUUCCCUCCCUGAAGACAACAGACAUUGUCAAGGUGUUUGCCAUGAAAUUUCCCAAGGGAGCUGGUAAUGGACCUGUUGUAUCACAAAACAACUGUGCUUAAGGAUUUUUUUGGGGAGUGGGUGGGUAUGUUGUUAUUUGAAACCACAUAACUGACCUCUUAAAUUAGAGGAAGGAGUUGGCAGCAGUGCUGUGUUUGGCGUCUCUCACAUGUGUUCAUUGUAGAAGCAAUAUGAAGGCGUUUCACUUCAUGCUCUGGAAUAAUAUAGUGAGUCUCCAAUUAUGAAUGUACACACCUCACAAAUACCAGGCAUAUAGUUAGCCUGCUGCUGUCGAAGUGCACAGCCCUGGGGCCAAACUCUGCUCGCUCUACUCUUCCUGUUUAGCAAUGUGAAUCUGCAACAGCUAUGUCCAGCCUUUUUAAUGCCCAAGGACUUAAAAACAUAACUUCCUGGUUUUGUGGUGUUCCAAAUGCAGAAAACAUGUAAAGCAGAAAUGAUGUUUGAUUUCUUAUCUCAAGGGACAUGAGUGAUGGAAGUGAGGUGUUUGGGGAAUUUUUUGGGUUGUGAGAUUUUUGGUUUUUUUUUUUUUUUCCUUCCAUGCCUUGCAAUCUUCUGUGUGUAUCCUGGCCACUGGGUAACCAAGUAUAGGGCUCUGUUUGUCCAUGAGUGAUGCAGACGGGAAUUCUGCAAGAUAAGAUUCAGGGCAAAGAAUUAAGCAUCGUACUUGGUUUUCAAACCAUAUGCCUUCUUCCAGCCCUGACAGGGACAUAGAUACAUCUGUAUUAGGUGAUCCCUUGGGUGCAGCUAGGACAUGUAAAGUUUCUGUCUGGUUGUAUAAGCUCUCCUUAAUCUGCACGAGAGCGAGUUGUAGCUCCUUCCUCUUGCAGGGUGGCAAAGUUAAUGUGUAGAGCUGCAAGAGUGACAGAUGGCAACUGUGACUCAGUCAGCACUGAAUGAAGGUGGAGAAGCCCCUGCUGCUUUCAGGGGAUAGGCAUAAGCUAAGUAUCAUCUACACAUUAAACUCAUAGCGUACGACUGCAAAUGCAGUUCAGGUAGCCUCUCCCUUUUAUGGUAGAGGGAUGCAGGUGUUGUGCUGCAGGCCUAUAGUGACAGGUACAGAGGUGACCUUUUUUUUUCUCUUUUCCAAAGGACUUCAGUACCUUCUCCAGUAACUCCAACACUACAGGCUCACUGACAGUUUGCUUUUUGUUCACAGUAGCCAGGAAAAUGGUGAGAUGGAAGCUGCCUUCCUGUGCUGCUCUUGGAACAGAACAAAGUUCCCACCAGCAUUCAGUCAUUAGAAGCAGGAAAGGAGGUUUUGGUGCUGAAAUUAGGAAAAUAGUAGCAUGGAUAAGGGAAGGAAACAGGGAUAAAAUAAAUAAACUAAAAGAGGAAAUUCAACAGCUUGAUUGUCUUCAGCUGUCACAUAUGCUUUGGUUUGCACACAGCUCCCUGUUUUUGCUCGGAUGUUCCCCAUCUCCUUAGUGCUGGCUGCAGCUGUGCAGCAGAGCUUGGAGUGGUGAUGUGAUAAGACAAAUUUAUCUGCUUCCAUAUCUGCCAGGCAUAACAUAAGGUAGACCUGUAGGAUGUGGGGAAAACUGUAACAAGGCAGGAAGGGAAGGGCAAAAUAUGAGAGUGUAUCACACAGAUUUCCUUUCGAAGCCACUGGACUGAAGCAGCCCACAGAUCCCUGCCUUGCCCAGCUAAUUUUUAAUUCUGUACCCCUGCAUGUGAUAGCCAAAUGUCUUCUGUGGGAGGAGUUUAUCUGAACUGUAUCUGAGUGUUUGCCUUUGCACAAUCCUAAUGAUGUGGCUGUAAAGUUGAUUUUUAUUGCUAGUGCUGCAGUGAGAUGGCUUAUAUCUGAAUUAGUGAAAAGUAGCUCCUAAGUAGCCUUUCAUUCCCUCUCCUGUUUGCAACUUAGAUAUUUCUUUAGUCUGACCUGACCAAAUGCUGACAAAGUCUGACAAAACCAAAUGCUAGUGGGGGUUUGGUUUGGAGGAGAGGUGAGGUAGGACAGUUGGGGCUGAGAAAUACCAUAAAUGCAGUCUGUUCAGCCCCCUUCCACAUUGCCUAACGGUGCGAAAUAGAAGAUACAGCUGUACUCUCUGGCAUUCUCAUUGUUCUAACUUUUCCUGGAUCAGUUGGGAAUUUCACUGACCAGCCAUCACAGAUUCUACUACUACCCUAUGACAGAGGAAAAGGAAUAGCUCUGAAAUGGCUUCACCUGCUAAAUGCAGGUAAACAUUUGGGAUGCCGGCAUGACUCUUAAGGAUCAUGAAGACCAUCAGAGAUGCACCUUUUCAACUGCCGAAAUGUGUACCAUGUUGGUGUGGUUUCAGUUAGUUGCCUUAAGCCUUUUCUGGCUCAGUGUAUGCAGUCCUUGUAUCUGUAAUUUCCAUUUGUGCUGGUGAGCAUGUGGUGUGUAUUGCUUCCACCUAAGGUGAGAAGUGCACUGACACUGAAGCUCAGAAGAUACUGGAGAGGAAAACUGUAUGUAACCAGACUCUUGAUUACCCAAGAAUAUGCUUGUGAGGGGAGAGCGGGAAUGAACUGUGUUUCUGUCAGACAUUAGAGGUCAGGGAUUGAACAGGUAAUAAAAUUGCUGGUAAAAAAUAAAUGGCCCCCCUGCAGGGGCUUCCACCAAGCUCAGGUGGCAGUUGGCUGGCCUGGGGAAAGCAUUUGCUCUUUGUACAACUGCUUCAGAAAACCCACUGCAGCAGAUGGCUCUGGCUGGUUCUGUUGUUGACUGAGAGACUUAAGUACUGAAUAAACUGAAUAUGCUGAGGCCUCCUCUCUGUCUCCCAUGGGUAAGCUACUCUGUUUUAGACUGAGACACAACUAGAAAAAAAACAGGUGAUGUUAUCACAGCUGA